AUGCCACGGUACCAGUCGAUCGUGCUGCUGUGCACGUCGCUGUUUUCUUGGAUCGUCUUGUCGCUGACCCAGAAGCAUACGAUGGUGGUGCACACGUCACACGGACCGAUUAGUGGCACCCAAGAAAUCGCACUCGGAAAACAUAUAGUUUCGUUCCUCAACGUCCAGUACGGCAAGGCGCCUGUCGGGCAACUGAGGUUCAGUCCUCCUCAAGAGCCAGAUUCUUGGAAAGAAACGCGAAACUGCACUGAGCUGGCCCUUGCAUGCUAUCAGCUGAAGGAUAAAACAAUUCCAGGGUUCGAAGGAACUGAAAUGUGGAACGCCAAUACACGGCUAGCAGAAGACUGCCUGAAUUUGAAUCUCUGGGCACCGGUUGACGCAGUAAAUGUUCCGGUUCUUGUAUGGAUUUUUGGGGGAGGAUAUUACUACGGCAGUCCGUCACUGGAACUGUACCGCGGUGACUACAUUGCGGCGUAUGGAAACGUUAUCGUUGUGAACAUUAAUUACCGAUUAGGGCCAAACAUUCGCCUGUUCGGAGGAGACCCGUCAAAAGUGACCAUUUUUGGAGAAAGCGCUGGUGCCGCGUCCGUCUCUUUGCAUCUGGCUGCCCCCGGCAGCUGGAAGUACUUCCGGUACGCGAUUAUGCAAAGCGGGGCAUUCACGUCGUCGUGGGCAUCUCGGCCGAAAGAAAAAUUGAAGGAAACCUCGAUGACGUUGGCCGAAAUGCUGAACUGUCGCAGAGGCACGGUCUCAGAGACACUUCGUUGCAUGCGAGAGGUGGACGCGGACAAAGUCCAGCAAACGUCUGAGAAACUGGUGGCCGACUUCCUGUCGUCUUCCUUCACGCCGGUGUCGGAAGACAAAAAUUUCCUUCAGCAAAAUUUGGACGACAUCGUCAAACAAGGCAGGUUCAAAAGAACGUCUGUGAUCAUAGGCACGAACGCGGACGAGGGCAGCUUCUGGCUGCCGACCUACUUCCCGAAUUGGUUCAACAGCACCAGCGACGGAAAGGUGAGCUACGUCGAAUUCAUGCGUUCGCUACGUGUCGCGUUCAAGUGGUUGCCGGAAGACGUGAGGCGCAUGAUCGCUUCGCACUUCAUCCACAACAAACUCGAACUCCUCUCCGCCGACGCUUCCUCGCUGGCCAGAUUUCCGUUCAUCUACCGCGAUGCGCUGUCCUCCAUCAUCGGUGACCAUUAUUUCGUGUGCAACAUCUUCACGGAACGCUCAACGGCCAAUCCGUGGCCAAAAUGGAUGGGGGUGAUGCACGGAUACGAAAUCGAAUACGUUUUCGGCAUGCCGCUCAGGCAUCCUGAGCUGUACACGAAGGAGGAGAACGAGUUCAGCAAAUCCAUCAUGGACUACUGGGUUAGCUUUGCCAGGAACGGGUAA